GUCAAUGGCAAUGCAAGGCAAAAAAGCACACACACGCGCUGUGGCAGAUAGAAGUAUAAAAAAGUGGCUAUAUCCUUGCUUGAACUUUAUUUCCCUCUCUCUCUCUUCCGCUUGCUUGUUUGUUUGUUCUACAAAAUUUUUCUGCUUACAUUUGGCUUGCAACCACACAUUUUUUACUUUAAUCUUUCUCUUCAUUCAUCCUCACAUAAAAAUGGUUGGUUUAAACGUCAGCUCCGAUACAUGGAGCAGUAACCCGUUCACAACACUCGUGCAAGACCAGAAGAUCGUGGUCAUCCCAUCAUUCACACUCGAGUCCGGGGACGUGCUCCGCGACGUGCCUGUGGCAUAUAAGACAUGGGGUAACCUCAAUGCACAGAGAAGCAACUGCAUGGUCAUUUGUCACGCACUUACCGGAUCCUCCGACGUGGCCGACUGGUGGGGCCCUCUUCUGGGCAGUGGUCGAGCCUUCGACACCAGUCAGUUCUUCGUCGUCUGCUGCAACGUGCUCGGCAGCCCGUACGGAACAGCAUCGCCGUUGACCAUCAAUCCGGAUACGGGGACGCCCUACGGCCCUGAUUUCCCGUUGACUUCGAUUAGGGACGACGUGCGCCUUCACCGGCAGGUUCUGGAUAUCCUGGGCGUCGAGCAGGUUGCCAUUUGCAUUGGCGGGUCGCUCGGCGGUAUGCAGUGCCUGGAGUGGGGCAUGUUUGGCGCUGAGUACGUGCGGGUCAUCGUGCCAAUUGCCACCUGCGGCAAGCACUCUGCAUGGGGAAUUUCUUGGGGUGAGGCACAGCGGCAGGCCAUCUACAGCGACCCGAAUUAUUGCGAUGGCCACUACACAGCUGAGAAGAAACCUGAGCAUGGGCUGUCGGCGGCCCGCAUGUCGGCGCUGCUCACAUACAGAUCGCGUGACUCGUUCGAAUCCCGGUUUGGACGCAAGAUGAUGACAUCCGGCCGCGUCAAGGUGUACACUAGCAAGAACCUCGAUGGUGGUGAUGUUAAUGGCAAUGACGCAGAGAGCAGCGAAACCAGUGAUAUCGAGCAGCAGCAGGAGCAGGGCCAGACAAGCAGUGGAUCGUCUGAUAGGGUGUCGUCGCCCAAGUGCGGCAACGACGACCGUAGCUCCAGCAGCAUAUUCUCCGCACAGAGCUACCUGAGAUACCAGGGCGAAAAGUUCACGAAGCGGUUCGACGCCAACUGCUACAUUGCCAUCACGCGCAAGAUGGACAUGCACGACCUAGGCUUUGGCCGGGAGAGCUACAUCAGUGCGCUCAAGCAAGUUCAGCAGCCAGCGCUCGUUGUCGGAAUCGAGUCCGAUGGCCUGUUCACAAUUAACGAGCAGUACGAGCUGGCUGAGCACAUCCCCAAGGCGCAGAUGGCCACGAUCGAUUCACCGGAUGGCCAUGACGGCUUUUUGCUCGAGUUCUCGCAGCUCAACCGGCUUAUUCGGUCAUUUGUGCGCGACCAGCUGCCCGAGUAUGCCUCGACCGAAGAUGCGGACGUCAACGCCCCUUCGGAGUUUGUCCCACAAAAGUCCAGCGUUUUCGGCGAGGCCGAGGUUGACGUCAUGCAGUGGUAAACAAGCCAAUAUAUAUAUUUUUUUGUACAGCCGUGAAAAGUAAAAAACCUUAAUUUUUAAAAAAAGCAUUGACAAAGUUGACAUGUUGAAAAAUACAUGUCAAAGCAGUGCUGGCUGAAUAAAGCCACAAAAUAUCAACCUAAAU